AAAAGCCAAUCAGAUUCUCAUUCUUGGUCUAGAGUUGUGAGUGCAAAUCAUGGAGAAAGUUCAGACGUACUAGCUCAAGAGUCCAACACAGUCCAAGCCCAUCAUAAAUCAUCCGAUACAAUCUCUUCACCCCUCGAGACUAAGCAAAUAGAUUACAAUUAG